AUGGUGACACCGACUCGAUAUAGAGAUUACGAAGAUGUGGAUCCCAAUGGCGAACCACCAAACAAAGACCACUUCUUCUCGCUUUUAUGCCGUGCGGUCGGUGCAUUUUCUCUGAAGGAGCGGAUUUUUGUUCUGCUCGAUAUCGAUGGCAUCCAAGAACCUAAAUUCGACGAGAACCUUUUUGACUAUUUGGUGAUCAAUGAUGACAUCAAGAGCACAAUCAAAUCACUUGCAUUGAACAAUGCCCGCAAAGCAGAGAACAAGGAAGACAAACCAUUUAGGGCAGACUUCAUCCGGGGCAAGGGGGAAGGACUGGUUUUUCUCUUACAUGGGCCACCAGGUGUCGGGAAAACCUGUGCUGCAGAAUGUGUCGCUGAGCUCACCAAGCGUCCCCUGCUCUCAAUCACGAGUGGCGACCUCGGCACUGAGACGGCUGAGCUGGAUCAAAAACUUUCAACAUUCUUCAGGCUCGGUGAGCUGUGGAAUGCCAUCGUGGUGAUUGAUGAGGCAGAUAUUUACUUCGAGGCCCGAGAAACAAAUGACAUUGCACGGAAUAGUCUGGUUUCAGUUCUCCUCCGUGCAUUGGAAUACUAUCGCGGAAUCCUUUUUCUCACGACCAAUCGACUGGGAGUGCUAGACGAGGCUUUCGUGUCCAGGAUUCAUGUGCCAUUGUUCUUCAAACACUUGACUAACGAUGACAGAAAACAGAUCUGGAAGAAUAAUAUCAAGAGGCUUGAAGAAACGAAGAUCAGGAUCACCGAAGAUGCUCAAAAGUUCGUAAUUUCAGCAGAGGUAAUGGAUCGAGAGUGGAACGGGAGAGAAAUUCGCAACGCCUUUCAAACUGUUGUGGCGCUGGCCGAGGCAGAAUGUGAAGGGCACCCUGACGAGAUCCCCAAGAUCACCAGGAAUCAUAUCAAGGAAGUGCUCAGGAUUUCCACAGCGUUCCAGAAGUAUCUUAAGCGCUUGUAUAAGGACCUCAAUUACGAGCAAUUGGCAGACAGGAAGGGGAUUAGAGCGGACAUGGGUCCGGCUGGCAGGACGCAUGGUGGCUUGAUGCCAAUCCAUCAAUGGUCCGAAAUUCGUACUUCAGCGGUGUCUGAAUCACAUUGUGAUUGA